GCCCCCACCCCUGUCGCCCCAGGGUGCCCCUCGUGGGGGGCCACACGAGCUGCCUUGGCAGGAGGAGCUGCGCCCUAAGCUGGGGGACAAGUGAUUCCUGCGCUUAGUCUGCGGCGGCGACGCAUCGAGGAGGAGUGCGGACCGUCUGCAGCGGCAGCUUCAGCAGGGCGGCAGACCGCGGACCGGCUGGACCGCGGAUCGGGAGCUGGCCAGGAGAGCAGGCGCCUAGCCCAGGGACGGGCGAGAGGCCCGACCCGGGGCAGGCGAUACCCGUGCCCUUCCUGCGGCCUCCUAGCCCGACAACCGCUGGAGAGGCUGCGGAUGCUCGGCUGAGCUGGGCACGGCGUGGGUGGGGGCUGCUGUCUGCGGUGACAGGAGGCAGACAUCGCGAGCUCUUUGUAGAUUGGUUUCAUGUGCUUAGAGAUCUCUGAAUGGAUUGCAGUGUUUGUUUCAAAAUAUGUGUACACAGAGGUUCGUGUUGAAUUUGAUGGUCUUUAAUGGGAAAAGUGAGAGUGGACUGAAGUUUAUGAAGAUUUUACUGCUUUCUGGGUGGAAUACCAAUUAGUCUGGGCAAGAAGAAAGGACCCUAACUACUUAAGGAUCAAAGAUUGAAUGAGUUCAGCGGCCUACAUAGGUCCAUAUUCUUUAUACUGAUAUAGUGAGUACACAGACAAGAUUCUGCCACCCAGUGGUUUACUGGGAGAAUUACUCACCAUGAUCUCUUCACCCAAAUCAUGAUCGCCAUGAAUGACCAGGAUCCUUAUAUACGUGCUCAAGCCAGUAGCCCAGGAUCAACCAUGAACUUCCAGGCUGCAGGCCCCCAACAAAAUCCACAGCAGCAGCAGCAGCGGCGGCGGAAUAUUCGACUGAACAAGAGGAAGGGCUCAGAUAGUAGUAGGCCAGAUGAAGAAAGGAUGAGGGAAGAAAGAUAUGAUUAUAUGGGCCAUGGAGAAAAUCUUAAAAACAAAAAUACAGCCUUUCUUGGUAAAAGAAGAAAAAUUGAGGAAGAAAAGAAACUAAAUCUCAAAAGAUUCCAAACAGAUGAUAUGUCAGACAGUGACUCAGAAAGUACAAGUAUGAGAAUGACAGCUCCAGCUCCUGAUUGGAAUGUUGGAAUUCAGAUGAGGAACAAAAACCCUUUGAGGAUCAAUGGAGACGAAGGAAAAUUCCAGUAUGGUGAGAGAGCAGAGGAACAUGUGGUAAAUCGCCUGAGUCGUUGGGGUCCAAUAUCAGAAACUAAGAAACAUGAAACUUCAGACAUUCUCAAGCCAGCCAGAUUUGAACUACAAGGAAAGUCUCAUCUCAGCAACACCGAAGAUGUGAUACUUUAUAAUGCAAAUAUCAAAGAUUUACACAUUCAGGACUCCAACACAGAGAAAGCACAUGCUAUGGAGCAGUUUGUGUCUGCAUCACCUACACUAAAAGGUGUUAUUGACAUUACAAAUGAAAAUGAUUCGGAGAAUGUGGUUCCAGAAUGCUCCACCAGGGCCUUUGGUUUUCAGCCACUUCAGAAAAUGGAGCCUCAUACCAGUGACUCAAAACUUGUGUUUGGCAGUGCAAAGUAUUUAGAACCUAGAAAACCGGAGCCAGAACAGAGCUGGGUUAACAGUAUUGUGAACAAACUCGAUUUAGCAGCAUCUGGUGCCAUGAAUGCUUUAUCCGUAAAUGACCCCCCGAGUGCUGAAAAUAAAAAUCCAUUUGGAUCAGUUAUCUCUUCAUUAAGUGUAGCUUCUCUGACUGAAGACAACCAACCUCGUAGACCAAGUCCACCUUCUGAGGUUCUGAAGUCCAAAUUCGGUUUAGCAGACGUACCCAAACCAAAAUCCAAUUCCUUCUUGGAUGCUCUUCAACCCAAACUCACUCCUGAUUCUGUGAAAGCCAAGACUAGCUACUUAAGCACUAGUCAUGCCCCUGGAGAGAGAAGGUUGACAAAUAGAACAGAACAUGAGUUACCAAGAUCUAGUUUUCGUCCAGUUCCGACUCGUGUCAGUACAUUAGAAACCACCCAGAAUCCUCUUAUCAUGGAUAAAAGUGACCAUUUCACAGCUUACAGAGAUCCUGCACUUGUUGGGCAAGAAACGGGAAGUAAUCAUCAUGUUUCACCAUUCUCAAGCCAGCUUGGUUGUGCUCAUGCAUCCCAUAGGACCUUCCUCCCUUCAGGCAGCAAUCAGCCUACUUUAAGUGCUCCUACCCUCUCCUUGUCUACGACUUCAAACCAAGCCCCUUUGCCUUCUACUAGUGCUCAUCCUCUGAAAAGCACACCCCAACCUGUUCACCAUCCUCCGUUGCUUUCGACAGUGUUACCUGGAGUGCCUCCAGCACCUUUACUAGGUGGCCCCCCACUAGCAGAGGCUGCUCAUGCCAGCAGUCUGGGCCAGUUAGCCCUAGCACAACAGCAGCAGAGGUUAAAGCAGCAACAGCAGCAGAGGUUAAAGCAGCAGCAGCAGAGGUUAAAGCAGCAGCAGAUGUUAAAGCAGCAGCAGAUGUUAAAGCAGCCGCAACAGAUGUUAAAGCAGCAGCAGCAGAUGUUACAGCAGCCGCAGCAGGUGUUGCAGCAGCAGCAGCAAGUGUUACUGCAGCCUCAGCAGGUGUUGCAGCUGCAGCAUCAGAUGUUAGAGCAGCAACAGCAGCCUCAGCCAGUGUUGCAGCUGCCGCAGCAGAUGUUAGAACAGCAACAGCAACCUCAUCAGGUGUUGCAGCUGCCGCAGCAGAUGUUAGAACAGCAACAGCAACCUCAUCAGGUGUUGCAGCUGCCGCAGCAGAUGUUAGAGCAGCAACAGCAGCCUCAUCAGGUGUUGCAGCUGCCGCAGCAGAUGGUAGAACAGCAACAGCAGCCUCAUCAGGUGUUGCAGCUGCCACCACAGCAGAUGUUAGAGCAGCAACAGCAGCCUCAGCCGGUGUUGCAGCUGCCGCAGCAGAUGGUAGGACAGCAACAGCAGCCUCAUCAGGUGUUGCAGCUGCCGCAGCAGAUGGUAGAACAGCAACAGCAGCCUCAUCAGGUGUUGCAGCUGCCGCAGCAGAUGUUAGAGCAGCAACAGCAGCCUCAUCAGGUGUUGCAGCUGCCGCAGCAGAUGGUCGAACAGGAACAGCAGGCUCAGCAAGUGUUGCAGCUGCCGCAGCAGAUGGCCGAGCAGGAACAGCAGGCUCAGCAAGUGUUGCAGCUGCCGCAGCAGAUGGUCGAGCAGGAACAGCAGGCUCAGCAAGUGUUGCAGCAGCCUCAGCAGAUGGUAGAGCAGCAACAGCAACAGCAGGCUCAGCAAGUGUUGCAGCUGCCGCAGCAGAUGGCCGAGCAGGAACAGCAGGCUCAGCAAGUGUUGCAGCUGCCGCAGCAGAUGGCCGAGCAGGAACAGCAGGCUCAGCAAGUGUUGCAGCAGCCUCAGCAGAUGGCGGAGCAGCAACAGCAGGCUCAGCAAGUGUUGCAGCUGCCGCAGCAGAUGGCCGAGCAGGAACAGCAGGCUCAGCAAGUGUUGCAGCUGCCGCAGCAGAUGGCCGAGCAGGAACAGCAGGCUCAGCAAGUGUUGCAGCUGCCGCAGCAGAUGGCCGAGCAGGAACAGCAGGCUCAGCAAGUGUUGCAGCUGCCGCAGCAGAUGGCCGAGCAGGAACAGCAGGCUCAGCAAGUGUUGCAGCUGCCGCAGCAGAUGGCCGAGCAGGAACAGCAGGCUCAGCAAGUGUUGCAGCUGCCGCAGCAGAUGGCCGAGCAGGAACAGCAGGCUCAGCAAGUGUUGCAGCUGCCGCAGCAGAUGGCCGAGCAGGAACAGCAGGCUCAGCAAGUGUUGCAGCUGCCGCAGCAGAUGGCCGAGCAGGAACAGCAGGCUCAGCAAGUGUUGCAGCUGCCGCAGCAGAUGGCCGAGCAGGAACAGCAGGCUCAGCAAGUGUUGCAGCUGCCGCAGCAGAUGGCCGAGCAGGAACAGCAGGCUCAGCAAGUGUUGCAGCAGCCUCAGCAGAUGGCCGAGCAGGAACAGCAGGCUCAGCAAGUGUUGCAGCUGCCGCAGCAGAUGGCCGAGCAGGAACAGCAGGCUCAGCAAGUGUUGCAGCUGCCGCAGCAGAUGGCCGAGCAGGAACAGCAGGCUCAGCAAGUGUUGCAGCUGCCGCAGCAGAUGGCCGAGCAGGAACAGCAGGCUCAGCAAGUGUUGCAGCUGCCGCAGCAGAUGGCCGAGCAGGAACAGCAGGCUCAGCAAGUGUUGCAGCUGCCGCAGCAGAUGGCCGAGCAGGAACAGCAGGCUCAGCAAGUGUUGCAGCUGCCGCAGCAGAUGGCCGAGCAGGAACAGCAGGCUCAGCAAGUGUUGCAGCUGCCGCAGCAGAUGGCCGAGCAGGAACAGCAGGCUCAGCAAGUGUUGCAGCUGCCGCAGCAGAUGGCGGAGCAGGAACAGCAGGCUCAGCAAGUGUUGCAGCAGCCUCAGCAGAUGGCGGAGCAGGAACAGCAGGCUCAGCAAGUGUUGCAGCAGCCGCAGCAGAUGGCGGAGCAGCAACAGCAGGCUCAGCAAGUGUUGCAGCUGCCGCAGCAGAUGGCCGAGCAGGAACAGCAGGCUCAGCAAGUGUUGCAGCUGCCGCAGCAGAUGGCCGAGCAGGAACAGCAGGCUCAGCAAGUGUUGCAGCUGCCGCAGCAGAUGGCGGAGCAGGAACAGGAGGCUCAGCAAGUGUUGCAGCAGCCUCAGCAGAUGGCCGAGCAGGAACAGCAGGCUCAGCAAGUGUUGCAGCUGCCGCAGCAGAUGGCCGAGCAGGAACAGCAGGCUCAGCAAGUGUUGCAGCUGCCGCAGCAGAUGGCCGAGCAGGAACAGCAACAGCAACAGCAGCCAGUGUUGCAGCAGCCUCGGCGGAUGUUACAGAAUCAAUCACCUCAUCUCCUUGGACAAGCACAACCAUCUGCUAACUAUAAUCAGCUUGGACUCUAUCCAGUUAUUUGGCAGUAUCCUAAUGGGUCACCACCUUACUCUGCACUCAACCAACCCAAUUCUAAAUGGCCCCAAACAGAAGAUCCAGUUACUACUGAAGCCUCCUUGCAGAAGGAUACUCCCAAUCCUUGGUUAGAGCAGCAGCCCACCCCUAUGACCUCUGCUGAUGAUCUUGGGUUACUGACUCACAUAGCCGUCAGGCCAUCCAGUGCAGAUGCUCAUCGACACCUUAAAAUGAUAACUCAUUCUAGUCCACCGUUGUCACAAACGUUGGCAGAUCCUCAGAACGAAGAACUGGAGAGGAACCCUUUUAUUGAACCUGUCAGGACCAUUGUAUCUGCACCAGCCAAGAAUGAUUUGGAUCAAAUGCAAGCUGGAAAUGACAGUCACUUACCCAGACCUUUUGUGGAUCCAAUGAUGAGUCAAUUACAGAGGCCAGCUCAGGAGAGUGGCGAGAUGCUGAACCAGUAUGACGAGGAGCACCGAAGGGUCAUUCAAGAAAGUACUGAGGUUGCCCCCUUUACAACGAAUAUGACGCCUCCCGAGGAAGAGAGAGAAGCUUAUCCUAGAAUCCAGCCAUCUCUGCCGUGUGUAAGCACUGAUACCCACAGCACUCAAGAAGAUGCAGAAGAGGACCUUUCUGUGUCAGAACUUGUUCAAAUUCAGCAGUCUGAGCCUGAGAGCUUACCACAAAGUGACUGCUUCACCACCAUAUCCAACAGUGUUGUGAAUGAACCACCACAAGCAUUUCCAUCCCAAGAAGACUCCAGUCUAGUCACUGAUCAGCAAAUGGACAGUGCCUCGACAGUAACCAAUCCUCAAGCCGUGACUCCAUUUAUGUCCACGCUUUCGAAGCCCCCACCUUUGAUUAAACACCAACCAGAAGGGGAAGGCGUAGGAAGCCAGACAGCAGAACCACUUAACCAGAAAAUGCAGGCUCAGCCUAGGACUGAACAUACUGAGGAAGAUCCUGCCCUCCGGAAUAUGCCUUCAUUACAUCGAGCACCAGUGUUUACCACCCCAAAGACUCCCGGCAUGGACAAAAAGGAAGGCACCUGUAGCGGUAGCAGCCUUUCCCCUCCGACCUUAACUCCGGUUCUGCCAGUAAAUGCUGGGGGGAAAGGCCCCGAACCACAGAGACCUCCAACUCUAGUACCCGAGCCCAAUGACGCUCAGGCCAGUGUGUCCGAAAUGAGGAGGCCAAAUCAGGCCCUGAGCAGUGAGAAUGCUAACCGGCCUGUGGAGAACAGCAGCAGAAGGUCACCGGCUGCCACAGCAUCUGUCAUCGUACGGCCCCCCUCCAGUGUAAAGUAUGAGAGUGUGCCCGUGGUGCAGCCACCUCCCAGGGAGCGAGCUAGUGAGACAGUUUCAGCUGGGGUGGGUCCAGCAGAAGGCUGGAGACCAGUGGAAGCCAGAGCACCUGGGAGCGUCAUUCUUCCCAAUUUGAACUCGGCCGUUCCUCUCUCCACGGGCGGCAUGUCCAGCACCACAACAGAUGGGACUUCAGUUGCUGCUACUGCCACCACCAGUGCUUCCACCUGGGGCGGUUCAGAAGGAACCUAUCCGACAUCAAGUACAGUUUUGACCUCCCCACCUGUAGAGAAUCUCCCUUCAAGCAGCGCUGGUCUGCAAAUAAGCACGUCAGAAGAAUGCAUUAUCAGCACCACUGCAGUCACCUCCGUGAUCAGCAAGGCAGGCAGCCCAGCCCAGCCCGGUCCCAGCUUUUCCAACACGCCUGAUUUUGUCCACUUAAAGAAACAUAAGGCCGCAUUGGCUGCAGCUCAGAUUAAAGGUGGCAGCGCUAGUGAGGCUGAGCCUAAUGCCGGAAGAAGCCAGACAUGUCCUGCUCCUGCUCCCCUCGAGAGUCCUGCCACCUGCAGCACAAAGAACAAGGCACAUUCUGUAGGCGGUGGGCAGAACUCCCAGGCAAGUCAGCCCAACUACCACACCAAGCUGAAAAAGGCCUGGCUCACUAGGCACUCAGAGGAAGAUAAAAACACUAACAGAAUGGAAACUUUGGGAAACACCGUAUCAGAGAUCAUUAAGCCGUGCUCAGUCAAUUUAAUAGCCUCCACAUCAAGUGAGAUACACAGCAGUGUGGAGGUUAAGCCUGCAAAAGAUGAAAAAGGUGGCAAAAGGAAGGCGAAAAGGUCGUAUGAAUCUGGCUCUGAGAGUGGCGGAGACUCAGAUGGAAGCGAGAGCAAGGCUGAGCAGAGGGCCAAGCGCCAGCCCAAGCCAACAUACAAAAAGAAACAAAACGAUUUGCAGAAAAGAAAGGGUGAUCUAGAGGAAGAAGCGAGGCUCAAUGGGGUUCUCAGCCGGAGUGCCCGAGAGAAGAAUAAGCUCAAGCUGCCGAGCAGCAGUAACAAUGCUGGCGUUCCUCGUUCAGUGUUAAAAGACUGGCGUAAAGUUAAAAAGCUGAAGCAAAGUGGGGAGUCAUUUCUGCAGGACGACUCCUGUUAUGAGAUAGGACCCAAUUUGCAGAAGUGCAGAGAGUGCAGACUUAUUCGGGGCAAAAAAGGGGAAGAACCAGCUCACUCGCCAGUGUUUUGUAGAUUUUACUACUUCCGACGAUUGUCAUUCAGUAAAAAUGGAGUGGUUAGAAUAGAUGGCUUCUCAUCUCCUGACCAGUAUGAUGAUGAAUCUCUGAGUUUGUGGACACAUGAAAGUUACGAUGAUGAUGAACUAGACUUGGAGACUUGUAAAUAUAUCUUGAGUAUUAUAGGUGAUAAAUUUUGUCAGUUAGUAACAUCAGAGAAAACAGCUUUAUCCUGGGUGAAAAAAGAUGCCAAAAUUGCCUGGAAAAGAGCUGUGAGAGGCGUCCGUGAGAUGUGUGAUGCCUGUGAAGCCACAUUAUUCAACAUUCACUGGGUCUGCCAGAAAUGCGGCUUUGUGGUCUGCUUGGAUUGUUACAAAGCCAAGCAGAGGAAGAGCUCAAGAGAUAAAGAGCUCUACGCUUGGAUGAAAUGCGUCAAGGGACAGCCUCAUGAUCACAAACACUUGAUGCCAACUCAGAUCAUACCAGGCUCUGUUUUGACAGAUCUUCUAGACGCAGUGCACAAUUUUAGAGAAAAAUUCGAAACUGACUCUUACUGCUAUUGUACAAACAAACAAAAUGUAAGAGCUGGGACAAUGAAUGGAGUGUCUCAGGUUUUGCAGAGUGUUCUGCGUCAUGGUGAUAAAAUCUCUCUGUGCAUGCCUGAGUCUCAGGGGGAGAAUUCCCCUCAAAAGUCUGAGACUAGUGGUAGUUCCAGCCCUAAGAGUGAUGUCAGCACAGGCAAGUCAACUCCACCAGAAUCCCAGUCCCCACUACACUGGUUAGCAGAUCUUGCUGAACAAAAAGCCAGAGAAGAAAAGGAAGAAAACAAAGACUCUCCCCUCGGACAACAUAUGGAAGAAGAAGGAGAUCAAGAUGACUCUGAUUCUUCAGACUGCAAGAUCUCCUCCCCUUCCACAUCCCAGAAUAAUGAACAAGGAUCCACCUUGCGGGACCUACUGACCACAACAGCGGGCAAGCUGCGUCUUGGCUCUACAGAUGCAGGCGUUGCCUUUGCUCCAGUGUUUUCUACAGGAGUGCCAAGUGUCAAAAGCGGAAGAAUUGCGCCAAACAUUCUUGAUGACAUCAUUGUUUCAGUUGUAGAAAACAAGAUUCCACCAAAUAAAGCCUCAAAUCUAGAAGAAGAGGAGGAAGAAGAGGGAAAAGAAAAAGAAGACAACGAAGAAGAUAAAGAAGAUGAUGAUGAAGGAGGAGGAAGACGAAGAAGUCCUGAAGAUGGCCGACAAAUUGCCGUGCAUGACAAGAAUUACCAGUUGUCCGAGGGUGUGCCAUAUUCAUGGAUGUGUGAGAACCACGUCUUAUGGCUUCCGGAUCACAGGAACAAUGAUAAUUGGAAGCUUUUCAAACAGUACUGGAAACAAGCACAGGCUGUAGUGGUUUCUGGUGUGCACAAGAAAAUGAACAUCAGCCUGUGGAAAGCAGAGUCAGUUAGUCUUGAUUUUGGAAACCACCAGGCAGAUCUCCUGAAUUGCAAAGACAGCAUUAUGACAAAUGCCAACGUUAAGGAAUUCUGGGAUGGUUUUGAAGACGUUUCAAAACGGCAGAAAAUAAAAAGUGGAGAAACAGUUGUUUUAAAAUUGAAAGACUGCCCUUCAGGAGAAGACUUCAAAGCUAUGAUGCCGGCAAGGUAUGAAGACCUGUUUAAAAACCUGCCAUUACCAGAAUAUUGUAAUCCUGAAGGAAAAUUCAAUCUGGCCUCCCAUUUGCCAGAAUUUUUUGUUCGUCCAGACCUAGGACCCAGGUUGUGCAGUUCAUACGGUGUCGCUGCUGCUAAGGAUCAUGAUAUUGGAACGACAAAUCUCCACAUCGAAGUUUCUGAUGUUGUGAACGUUCUGGUUUAUGUUGGCGUAGCAAAAGGAAAUGGAGUACUCUCAAAAUCAGGAGUCCUAAAGAAAUUUGAGGAGGAAGAUCUGGACGACCUUCUAAGAAGAAGGCUGAGAGACUCCACUGAAACCCCUGGUGCUCUGUGGCACGUCUUCUCGGGCAAAGACACUGACAAGAUUAGGGAGUUUCUUCAGAAGAUUGCAAGAGAACAAGGCCUUGAAGUCCUACCAGAGCACGACCCGAUCCGUGACCAGAGCUGGUACGUGAACAAGAGGCUGCGUCAGAGGCUGCUUGAAGAGUACGGAGUGAAGACCUGCACCCUCGUCCAGUUUCUCGGUGAUGCGAUCAUCUUGCCGGCAGGCGCGCUGCAUCAGGUGCAGAAUUUUCACAGCUGCAUUCAGGUGACUGAAGACUUUGUGUCUCCAGAACAUCUUGUACAAUCAUUUCACUUAACGCAGGAACUGAGGCUGCUGAAACAGGAAAUCAACUAUGAUGACAAACUGCAGGUAAAGAAUAUUUUAUACCACGCAGUUAAAGAAGUGGUAAGAGCUUUGAAGGCGCAUGAAGAGGAAAUGGAAGAUCUGGAGGAGAAGUGAAGUGCUCCACGAUUGGAUUGGGGCACUCAGCCCUGAUGUGAAGAUCAGUGUGCACGCUCACUUAAUCACCAGCGCUGAGGAGCUGGGUUCAGAGUCACCGCCACAGCAUAGGGUCAUGUGUUACAGCUUCUGUGAUUUGGUGUUCGUCACAAAAACAAAGGCAGCGCCCUGCUGCCGUCACUGUAUUAUAGUGUACAUGGAGUUUGUGAACAUGUUCGAUGUAAAAUGGAUGUAUUUAUUUUUGAAAAAAAAAAAAAGACAAAAAUUCUAUGUUCUAUUGUUGAUCUGUUGUAAAUGUGAUCGUUGUACAGUUUGCUAUAAUAACUGAUAUUUUUCACUACAUUGAGACAGUUACUGUGAGAGUAGUACACAAGCACCAGCUAUUGCCUGCAUCUGGGAACUUGCUGCAUCGCACAGCGGUCAUUUGUCAUCAUCUGAUUUACUGCCAAAUAAAUGUGUAAAGUUUGUAAAGUGCAAAGUGUAUUCAUUAGAUGUUAAAUACGCUUCUGGGCUUCAUUGAAGCUAUUCAUAUUCAGUGUACAAUUCAACAUUUUCAAAAGGUGUAAUUUAUUUAAAAUUGUCUCAUUUUGGUAAAAUGUAUGUGGAACUUUUAAAGCUAAAUAUUAAACUAAAUAUGCUAUGUAAAUAUAUACAUAUACACAUUCAAUGAUGUAUUUUUUUAAACAUUGGCUUGCUUUAUUUGUUAAAAAGUGCAAGUGUUACACAUGGCUUUGUACAUUGAAGUUGCAAGGGGUUUUACAUUUUCCAUUAAAAUGACUUUAUCAUAUGUUGGUUUGCUGUCUGUUUGUCCAGUUUGUGUACUGGAUGGUGGUGGCUUUCAUGAGACUGUGCCAUGGCUUUCAUUUUCAUGCUUUUUCCUUCCCUAGCUUUCUUGUGAAACUUUGAUCUUGGAAAUAGACUAAUUGUCCAUUUGUAUAUGACUACAUGGUGAAAAACAUACUUCAUUUUGGUGUCUUGUUUUUGGUUUUUUAUUCCAUGGGACAACUUCAAUUGGCAUGGGGAUUCACUUCUAAAUUACCAAAAUUUUCAUGUGUAAGAAUAAAUUCCAUUUCAUUUUUGCAUUUCUGAUUAGUGUUUUAAUUUCUCUCAAGAAAACCAGUAAUCUGAGGAGUAAAAAAUCAUUAACCCAAAAUCAUUCAUUGCUGAGCUGUUCCAUGCUGUACGGUGACUACUGGACUAGCUCUCUCUCUGUCCCCAGUGAGAACAGUCUUUCCCUUCCCCACAUCAAAUCCAGGAGCGAGCAAGCAAGCUUUGACUGCUGGCUCUGCCUUGGCCCACCCUCACCACUCCCAUCCAAAUGAGCUGUCCUGUCCCCAGACCCACCACCAUGACUUUGGAGUGGCAGGGUCAGGGUUGACUUUUACUCAGCUCCCAAACUUGUGCGCUGCCUGACCACUUUGUGGCUGCCGUCUGAUCUGGCGUUCCCUCACCCACUGUAUUCGUGCCGCCUUCUCUUUGAUCAGUGGCUGUUGGCAGCCAGAUACUUAGCAAGUUCUAUUUUAUCCAAUUUAAGUUUCACAAUGAUGACAAUCUCUAUGUGUAUAGCAUAGCGUUUUGUCUUCUAGAGUUCUUGCACCUGCUAAUUUGGCCCUCACCUACCUGUCCAUCUAUGUGGCAGUUGUUCCCCUUACAAAAUAUGGUGAGGUGCACAGACAGUCCACCAACUUGAAUGUGAAUACUGUUUCUGUCUUCUCCUCCCCACAUUUGCAGGCAUGCUGUGGAUAUCCUACUCCCUACGGUCACCCCAGGUCACCUUGGCCCCUGCUUCAGGAGAUCAGCCAAGGGGAAAGAACUUGACCUGGGUUCAAAUUCUGGCUCUGCUGUCUUAGCCAUGUAACUUGGAGCAACUAAUGUGGGCUUUCCUGUUUUCUCGUCUAUAAAAUGAUGAGGUUGGACUGGAAGGUUUUUCAAGCCCAAGUCCUAUCUUUAAAAGAGGAGCAAUCGGUGGAGGACCCCUUCAUGCCAGCCAGCCUACUGCAUUGCCAACUUCCUUAAGAGAAACGUCGAGGGGAGAGGAGGGGUUCUUGGCUAGAAGAGAGCUGUUGAUAUUGAAGAGUCUCCUCAGCUUUCAUUGUUACAGUGUUAAACCUUGCUAUAAAAACGCCUCCCUUCCCUCUCCGUUUUAUCCAGUAACCUCUUAGGGCAGCAAAAGUGUUUUCUCUUUAAAACUUAGGAGCAGUGAGCAGCCCUUCAGGACCUGUUGAGCCCUGCAAAUAGAGAGCAAGUGUGGAGUCGAGACGGUCUCCAUCCUUUCAGGUAAAAAUACCGAUGCUUUUCUGAUAUGUUCAGUCACUGAAAUCUGCACAGGGGCUCUAGACAAAUACUUUUGCUAUUAGUACGGCCGCUAGAGCCUCUUUCCCCAGGAAUGUUCAUGGCAAUCGGAUGAGAUUUUCUUCCUGUCCCAACCCAUAAUAUAGCAUCCCUAUGGAGACCUCCCCAAUGUGGCCACAGAACGUGUUCCUUCCCUCCUUUCCCCUCGAGCUUGUGCUCUCGGGGCAUCUUGCCUGACUUGCAACCUCCUGUGACUGUCUGAGCCUCUGCUGCAGAUUUUAGGCUUGGUUUGGCCCACUUGACAACGAUAGUUAGAGGAACGAGUCCAUUGUUUCGAAUGUUGAUUGUCUGUUGCUUUGGAAGGUAGGGCUGUGCCCAUUAACUCUUCCUUGGAGAGGGGCAGGUGACGGGCAGCAGCAGAGGCAGGUUGUGGUUGUACUAAAGGCUGCUAGUGUCGUCCCUUGUAAAGUGACGUUCCAUCUAUGCUUCUCUUCUGAUUUAGAGAUGUUUCCAGUUUAGAAUAUGAGGUCCCUGGAAGUAAGAACUCUUUGGGCUCUUCCUUUGGACUCCCCAAAGGUUAGCACUGUGCAGGCACGUAGGAGAGCUUAAUAAACACUGACUUGUCGAUUGAUUCAUUAGGUCUGAGAGAGAUUACUGAGGGAGCUUCCGGUCCAUCUUUCAGCUGCCAGAGUGACUUAGUAUAGGUCUGGUGGGACCCCCCUGAUCUUCUGGAUCAAAUCGAAAACCCUGUUUGCAUGCAGCCCUCCUUAGACCUUAAACUCUUCUUGACAAAGUCUCUGUCAUCCAGUGAGAGUCCUCCUGGACACUGGACAUUCUCCCUGGUGGUCCCCCAUCCCUGGAUUGCUCUGCCUUCUUAUCUUCCACUCCUGGCUUUCUUUGCCUUCCAAUCUUAUCUUCAAUCCCACCUUCUGCAGGAAGCCUUUCCGGGUCUUGGCCAUCUCCAGUGUAUAUUGUUACGUAUUGUGUUUGUGUGUGAUUGUUUGCUUCUCUGGGGACUUUUGUAUCUUGUAACUAGUGCAGUCCCUUGUAUAUAAUAAUAAGUGCUUUGUAAAUGCCUCUUGUAUUGGCAUGACCCGGGAAGUGGAUUGUUUGUUUGGAGGAAAGAGCAGCUUGUGGGUGUUCUGGGAAGCCGGCCCUCUAGCGAGAGAAGAGGUACUUCCUUGGACAGAACUGUCCUCUUGGAGAAAAAAGCCUAAUCACGUAACCUUGGAGUAAAUAGGAAAGGUUCAGAGUUGCUGAAGUCUGGAUUUUUCGCUACCAUGUUGUUCAUUGAGUGCAAGUCAGCUAGGAGCAGGGUGGUUUGCUCCUUGUAAGUGGAAUCUAGGGCCUAGAGCCCUUUCUCAUUGUGGAGAAGGGAGUAUUAUGAAAGUCUCAGGAUAUGAGGAUUGUAUGAGUCAUUUCUAGGGGCUCCUAGAAGUCAUUUGUGUUGGUGAUGUUCCCUCUCAAGGGGCAUGUGAAGGCUAUUCUGUACCUCCUAUGAUGAUGACCUUGAGUGCUUGCAUGGGAUUGAGGCCCUCACCAGGGGAGACCUAGAUGAGAACUCCAUUUGGAAGGCCUGGGUGAGGGCAGCAGGAGCCAGAGAGAUGAUCUGGGAGGGAGCUCCCCCCCCCAGACUGAGCCCAUUCCAUGGACGGCUGGAGUUUGAGCAUCUGGGCCACAGGUUACAUUGAAUCAUAACAGACCCUCCUUGGAAUAGAGGAGACGAGAGCAGGUCGGUUCUUUAGUCCCCAGGUUGGGGAUGACGUUCCUCAAUAGUACUGUUGUCUUCGGCUUCUCUAUGUGCGUGGGCUCGCAUGUGUAGGGCUGGAGGGGACCGCGGAGUGAGGCGGUGCUGCUGAACCAGGCUAGGUAGGCAAUGUGCGUGUUUUCCUUCCCAGCUCUUUUCUUCUUGUCCUGGGAAGCCCGGAGGGCAGGGACUAAUUCCCAUCUGACUUUCUUGUUUCCCACAUCUUCUGAUUUUGCUGCUGGGCUUCAUGGGCCCAGUUAUCUCAUGCCAGAUGGGCUGAGUGAUCCCUCUAGCUAGGAGCACAAGGCCGUGAAGUAACUAGUCUGCAGGCUUUUCUCCCACUUGGAAUAAGUUCUUUUCCAGUUCAUUUUCUUUGAGUGGGGGAAAGAGUGACUGAAAACAGAAAAGGCGCUCUGAGGAAUGGCACAGUAAGCUCCUUAUGGGAGCCCAGCUCCGGGCUGGCUGGAAGGUGGUCGUCCUUGCCCGAUGAUCCCUUUUCCCCAGCAGACUGUGUGUGCUGUGUGAUCACCAGCACCACCAUUCUACCGGGGGAGAGUUGCCAGGAAAAUUACAUGGUUAUUCUGUUAGGACCUGAGGAUUAGGGGCUAGAAGGGACCUUAGAAAUGGGGGCCAACCCCCUCAUUUGACAGAUUGGAAACAGGUGCCAAAACGGGAUGUAAUUUUCCUGCUAUCUUCUGUGCUUUACAAGGAGAAGCAGGCUGGAUAGAAAUGCAGGUCUGCCCACUCCAAGGUCCAUCUUGCCCUUCCUAUAACACUGUCGUCUUAGUUUCCUAAGACACCCUGAGUCGGCUUCAUUUCCUGACUGAUCACCCCAGCUUCCCUAAGUCAGUGGCUGAACUUGCAGCCAUGGGCUCUCUGGAGGUUUCAGGGGUCACUCUCUAUCAUGAUUCCAGGAUUCUCCUAAGAUUCUCCAACUGGAUCUUUUCACAAAGCACCGGUUGGCUUUCAGACCUAGGGAGAGGACAAAACAAUUGUUGGCAAGCUUGAGCUCUCCCUGGUUGCAGACAAAGUAUUUUUUCCCCUCUUGGCUGAGGAAGUUUUCACAGCUGACUUCAGCUGCUCUCAACUGAUCCUCUGUAAAUGAGCCAAGAGGUGGUGUUCCAACCAGGGCGGACAGCUGCAGCUCUCCCAGCCCGGCCUCCAUGGCCUGCCUUUGUUUCUCCUGCUGUCUGCCCCUCUAAACUGAAACUCACGGAGUCUUGUGGCCGGUCCAGGACAAGCCCAAGACAAAGUGGACCCUGUAACGGGGGUUCAGACACGGACUUCUUUGUAACAUGAUAAAUAUCCAGAAGCUGUGUGUGUGUUCUUGUAUCUUUCCCUUGUAGCCUCAUAUUGGCCCAUUCUUUAAGGGUCGUCCUGCCCUGGUGAGGAACUUGUAGAUGAGAUCUGGAAUAAUGAUAAAUGGGUUAGUGAACGCUGAGAUGUGACAGGCUCAGAUGGGGAGUGGCUGCUCUGAAAAAAAAAUCAAAAUGAAAAGUUUGAAAAUGAAAGGGAUGUUGAGGUAGCCACGGAAAAGAAGAGAGACCAGGUGAGCAGACUGGGUUAUAAUAAGGGCAUAUGGAAAACAGGCAGUAGAAGGAAUAGGAUCACAGCAGAAAGAUGCUGGGUUCUUUUCUAGUACAGAGGCCCAGGUUCCAUUCCUGGCCCAGCACCUCACUGCCUGUGUAACCUCAUGUCCUUUAUCCCUCUGCAAAGUGAGGGACUCUAGGCUACAAAAAUGAGCCUAAAAGCUUUGAAUCCAUGGUCCUGUGACCAUCCUGUUUGUUUGGGUUCAGUGGUGACAAAGGCCUCAGGUCAGAGGCAGCACCUUGAGACAGUCAUCAGGCGCCCCUGACUUCUUCCUUAUUGUAUUGUUAAGGAAACUGAGGCACAGAGAGAGGAUGUGGCCCACAAGGUUACACAUAGAAAGUAGCAAAAACUGGAAUUUGAACCCGGGUUUUUUGGCUCCAAGCCUAGUACAUUGUCUAUGGUAUCUGCUAUGUGCUUUGUCACGAGUAUGAUGAGCCCUUUAGGGUACAAAUGUGUUGGUUUGAGAUGGGCUUGGAGACCUGUGUAAAUUAAACUGCUGUAAAUGUGCAUUAAUUAGGCUCCAGGGAACUAAUGUGGGCAGAGCAUUUUGUAAAUCUUGAGGUGCCGUAGAAAUGUGUUGUUCAUGACUAAUGUGGAAAUAUGUUUAACAUGAUUGUAAUGUAUAACCUAUAUCAAAUUGCUUGCUGUCCUCGGGAGGUGGGAGGGAAGGAAAGGGUGGGGGAAAAUCUGGAACUCAAAAUCGUAUC